UCAGUUUUUCGACGACAAUGGAGAGAAUAGUGUGGACCUGCUGUCUGCUACUUUUGCUUGGCUUUGCGGCUGGAUUCAGAACAAUUAGAUCCGUAAAUUCCACCUCCGAUGACCGGAUCCUAAGCUACAUAAAACAGCACAUCGACGAAAGUGCCGAUCCCUGCGAGGAUUUCCAGAACUAUGCCACUGGCAAGUUUCUAGAGGUACACCAGAAGGAAGAUUGUAAUUCCACCCAAGAUUCCAUCAGGAAAAAAUACAAUGGUAAGCUGCAGUCUGUGUUCAACCUGCUGAAGGACCGAGUCUUCAUCGACGAAUUCUCCGUGGAGGAGAAAGUGUGGCGCUACUACAACACCUGUCUCACGGCCCCCAAGAGCACUCGCUCGGCAAGGCACUACUUGGAAUUGCUUCCUCCGGGAUAUAAUUUACCCUGGCCGCCACUCGUUCCCCAAGGAAGUCAGUGGCCAAAGCAAGAGUUCCGGUGGCUGGAGACCUUGGCCAUCUUGCGACGCUUUGGAGAGGAGAACCCUCUGAUCAUCUUGGACAUACAGCAAAACUUUUGGGAAAGUCAUAAAUUCUCUUUACGUUUUAACAUGCCGCAGCUACUCAAGUUAGAUAAUGUAACCGAAAUCCAGGAUCUCUUGAUCAGAACCGGAGUGAACUCAAGAAGGGCUGCUCCUCUGGCAAGGAGCAUAAUACAACUGGACUCUGAUGCUCAUAACCUGAGCAAAAUAGGAGAGCGUUUGGCAGUUACAUACAUCCUUGAAGACGUUCAGAAUCGGACGAAUCUACAGCUGGACAAGUACCUGGAGAUGGUCUUUGGCCGCUCCUUUGAGCCCAGUACCGAAGUGCUGGUGGACAAUAUGGAAUACCUGGAGGGUAUCAACGGGGUCGUAAGCAAGUACGACUCUGAGGUGGUGGCCAGUUACCUGAUGAUUCAGUUUCUUCGCUUUGUAUUUUACUUGGAUGACAGUGAUUCAGAGAGCGAUACCGCCAAAUGCGCCGCUGUCGUCUCAUCUCAAAUGGAGUUGGCCAGCGAUCUGCUGUACGAGAACUAUUACCUGGGAGAGGGAAAGCUGCAGAAGUACACCAAAGAAGUUCAGCGGAUCUUUGAAGCUGUGUCUCAAACUUUUAUGGCCAGGUUGGAAAAGAACCGCUUGCACUUGACCGAUGGCGAAGUCUCUUAUCUGCAGCAGAAACUGCUCGCCAUGAGGCUCAAAGUGGGGAAACUGCCCGAUAACGCCAACCAUCGUCGUUUCGCCACCAAAUUCUACGAAGAUUUGGAACUGCAUCCCUUUGGUGAUUUCGCUGAGGCUCGGCUUAACGUCCUCAGGCACAGAACAAGUCAAUACCUAGACCAAUUGGAUUGGGCUGUUCCCAAGGGAACCGAUUUCUAUCUGCUCACCGGUUACAUGCCAGAAAACGAUCCCAAGCCAGUCUUCUUCGAAUUGCACAACACCAUUCUCUUGCCAUAUGAUAUGCUGCAGGAGCCAUUCUUUUCGCCUGAAACUAGUGACGUGUUCAAAAUGAGCCAGCUGGGAUUUUCCCUGGCUCGCUCAAUGAUGGAGAGCUUCUGGCCCUUCGGCCUGCGCUAUGACAGCCUUGGAAACCUCGGAGAUAAUCUUUUGUCUUUCAAGGAGAAGCAAGGCUAUAUAGAUGGUCUCGCAUGCCUGAACUUUACUACCCGUUCGAAGGAUCUCCUUAAACGUUCGGCCGAUGUGGUGAGCCUAGGACUGGUGUACGAUACUUUCUUUGGAGACAAUUCUAAGUUCAACCAGGAUCAGCCCGCAUUUACCGAGCUGCCGCUGAAGAAGUUGUUUCUGCUGAGCUUCGCCCAGAUGUUCGCGGGCAAUCAGGAGUAUAAGGAUUUCGAGGAAAUGGACUCUGACAAGUUGCGCCUCAGUGAGGCAUUGAGCAAUCUACCAGCUUUUGGGGAAAUUUUCAACUGCCCAGACUCAGCGCCUUUGAAUCGGCCGAAAAAGUGCGAAAUUUGGUAGAUAUUUUUUCUUAUCAAUAUUUGUUUCCUAUCAAAAUAAUUUUUAAAUAAUUUUUUUUAAUAAAGCUUUAAAUAAAUAACAUUUCCUCUUUUUUCAAAUAAAUACUGAAAUUCUCAUAUAGUCACAA